ACAGGAUGCGCAGAAGAGAGUGUUCCAGGAAUACUUUUAAACUGUUCCGCGGAUUUAAACUUGUUUUUUUAAUUCCGCGGAUUAAGGCGAUCUCCCCGAAAGGCCAUUUCGACUGAGGGGAAAAACCGCGGUAAACUAAAUCAAAACAAAACCACUAUAGGCUAAUAUUGAUUAACAAUUAGCCUGGUUUUGUUUCGCACACCUGGCAACCCACCAGCUAAAGCUAAAAGUGAUGUUUUUAACGUUCGUGAAAAAAGGGCUGAUGUGUAAUAUUGAAAAUCAAAGACUUAAUUUUUUGCCUGGUGUGAGAUUUACAGAGGUUAUGGACAUCAACCAGCUCGAGAACUGACAUCCGAAUGUAAUUAAACGCAAUCUGGUGCCCCUCCCACAACAGUCCACCAGUGAAGGUUAGCAAUAUUCCCAUCAUCCCAUCAGAAGAGGAACUCUAGCUCUGUAGCACAUUAUGGUAAAGACUGAGUUUAUUAAAGAGGAGAUGGAUGACAUGAGCGAUCCAGAAACAUCCGGAAUGAAUCAUGAAGAUACUGAGGAACAAACAGAUCGGAUGGAGGUGAACGAGCAAAGACAAGAACUAAGUGAGGAGGAGGAGUGUCGUAACUUCAAAACUCAAAGAAUACAAUCCAAAAAGCGGCACACCUGCUCACAGUGCGGAAAGAGUUUCAGACUUAAAUCAGGUCUCAGAAAUCAUAUGUGGCACCACUCUGGAGAAAAGCUGUUUAACUGUGAUCAUUGUGGUAAAAAAUAUUCCUCGUUAUCAAAUCUUAAAGUUCACCUGAAGCUUCAUUCAGAUGAGAAGCCUUAUGUGUGUUCUGUCUGUGGAAAGAGUUUCUCUCGGCUUAACUGUUGUAAUCAGCAUCAGAAAAUACACAAUGAAGUGAGAGAUCACGUGUGUUGUGAGUGUGGGAAGAGCUUUACUACGGUUGGACAGCUGAAGCAGCAUCAGAGAAUUCACACUGGAGAAAAACCUUACAAGUGCUCAUACUGUGACAAGAGCUUCUCUCAUCCUGGAAACCUGAAAUCCCACGAGCGAGUGCAUACUGGAGAGAAGCCCUACCAAUGUACUCAGUGUGGAAAGAGUUUCAAACAAUCAUCUAUUCUCAAUUAUCACAUGCAUGUUCACUCGGGAGAAAAGCCAUUUAACUGUGAUCAGUGUGGUAAAGAGUUUAAUUCAUCAUCAAAUCUGAAAAAACACCUGCUAAACCAUACAGAUGAGAGGCCUUAUGUGUGUUCUUAUUGUGGGAAGAGUUUUCCACUGUUGGUCAGUUGCAAUCGGCAUCAGAAAAUACACACCGGUGAGAAAGAUCACUUGUGUCGUGAGUGUGGAAAGAGCUUUACUACAGCUGGCCAACUGAAAUACCACCAAAGAAUUCACACUGGAGAAAAACCUUACAAGUGCUCAUACUGUGACAAGAGAUUCCCUCAGUUUUCACAACAGAAAUCACAUGAACGGAUUCAUACCGGAGAGAAGCCGUACAGCUGUACUCAGUGUGGAGAGAGUUUUAGACAUUCAAACUCUUUAGUGCUUCAUAUGAAAAAGCAUUUUCCAUCGAGUCCCAUCCGUUCCUCCAGUUAGUUAGUUUAAGUGAUUUAAAGGCAUGACAAAUAUUCAUACAUUUAGAUCGGCAAAGUGAGUGCAGUGUUUCUGCAUUAAAACUGAGAAUGGUGCAAAACAACAUAAAGAAAAACAAAACAUUGUAACUGAGAGAAACAGGUGGCACUGAAGAAUAAA